AUGGACUCCGCCGCCAAAGCCCCGCCGUGUCCCAUCACCGAGCUGCCCGACGAGCUGCUCGUGGCCGUGGCAUCGCAUCUCGACAUCCAGCGCGGUCCCCUGAUGGACCGCGGCGCUGAAGCCAGGCGGCGGCAGGCAAAUACCGCGACUGUGCUCGACAUUCAUGCAUUGGCCCUCACAUGCCGCAAGCUCAAUGCCAUUGCCACUCCGCUUCUCUAUCGGUGUAUCGUCUCUUCCCAGACGCCUUCACGCGUGGUGAAGCGCCUGCUGCGUACCCUCGUCGCACAGCCAGAGCUCUGUCGACAUAUCCGCUACAUCGAGAGCCCUGGAUGCGUCGUCGACUCUCCCAGCGUCCGCCUGCGCGAGGAGAAAUCGCCCGACCGCCUGACCAAGAGAGAAAUGUCAGAAUAUAUUGAUCGCCUGUCAUGCCUAAAGUGGUGGGGCGAUUCCAUCGACGCAUCGCUUUCCGAUUCUUUCUCCAGAGACCUGCACGAGCUGGCGUCGCGGCACGGGCUAUUUGGCCGUCUCCAUGCUGCAGCUGUCUGCCUGAUGACCGUCGCCCAGAACCUGUCCCAGGCCAUCAUCUCGUGCGUAUCCUUCUACGCAUCCAUGUUUGCUUGUAAACGAUACUACUCAAGCAACCGUCUCCAGACAUUGUGGAUCUACACCCCUGGUAGCAAUCCACAUUACCUGCGUCGAUACGACGCCGGGCCUCGACCCUCAGGUAAUCCAAUUGUAACACUACUUGGUCUGGAGUACGAGGAUAGUUUCCGCCGCUCAAAAGCUUCCAUCGUAAUGGAUACAGUGUCCCUUGAUGGCGAGGACAUUGUUGAAGGCACACUCCAACACCUUCUGAUGCCUUUUGCAGCGCUGAAGCGCUUUGAGUGCCGUUGGCGCAACCUGAGCACCCUUCGUGAACACGUGAGGCUGCCGUCGCCCCCAGCGGGCAUUGAUCUUCCAGCAUAUCGAUCCGUCUUGCUGACAUUGAGCGACUCGCUCGAAACGCUAACCAUAGACACCACGGACGCUACGUGCCAGGUCGACAUGGACGAAGACAUCCCUGCAUUCGGGAGUUUCCGGCAAUUCACUGCGCUAAAACAUCUCAACGUGUCCGGUCUCGUUCUCUUUGGAGACUGCCAUGGCCAAGACUACCCUCGCCUAUCUGCUAUCUUACCCGAUUCUCUCGAAACACUGAGCAUCAAAACCGAGUGGGACCGGGACAUUGCUGUCGUUCUCGUCACUCUCUACAAAGAUCUGUCUACCACGCCUUCUCGAUUGAGGAUUUUAGAUUGCAGCUGUGGGCCUGCACCGAGAAUGGUGGCGGAGAUGCUGAUGGCAGCAUUUCGGACCACCGGUAUACAUCUCGUACUGAGCAUAGAUGAGACGGGUGAAACCUCUCUCGGGUAUUAG